AUGACAGAUCCUUCAGUAGUGGAUGACCUGAUGCGACUGAAACUCAAACUCCUAGAAAAGAGACUAGAAAACGAACAGGAGAACCUAGAGAAGAUGAAGUCACCUCUCCCAGCUGCAAGAAACAGACAUGAGGAUAUGCUCCAAAGUGCCCUAAAUCGAAGGAAAGAUCUCCUGCAGGAGCUUAGGGAGCAGCAUCUUCUGGAAGAGCUUUCACAGCCCCCUGCACCAGCUGGAGGUCGCUAUCCUAACCACAGAGCUGCCUCCCCCCAUGUCUACCAGAUACCCUUCCCAGUUCCCCAAGCAGAAUCACCAAGGAUUAUCCAGCAGGCGAUGCCACCUCAGCCUGCCACCAUCAUCCAGCAGUUACCUCAGCCACCUCCCCUGAUCACGCAGAUCCCCCCUGCCCAGCCUUUUGUAGCCUCCCGCUCUGGAAGCAUUAAAGAAGAUAUGGUAGAGAUGAUGCUGAUGCAGAAUGCUCAGAUGCACCAGAUCAUCAUGCAGAACAUGAUGCUGAAGGCUCUGCCUCCGAUGGCGUUUGCACAGCCUGCUGGAGCCAGCUCUCCUCUGCUUCAGCAUCCACAGCAGGACCUGCAGUGUGUUGCUCCCCUGGCUGUGAAAGCAGACAGGCCCAGGCCAUCUGCGGUGCACCACCACCACCACUACCCUCCCACAGGAGUGAUCCCCGUGCCCCAUGGGGACUUUCCAUCCACAUCCAUGGUGCACCGCUGGACCGGGGGCGUGCUCCCUGCCUUGCCUACGCCCAGUGUGACUGGCCACAUGACCAGGCUGACUGACCAACAGUCUCUGGGCUGGGAGUUAAAAUUUAAUAUGAACCAGGGGAGAAGAACCCAGACAUGA